UAUCAUUUGUGUUUUGGGUAUUUACCCUUCUGACUGAUUAAAUCGCCAUUAAAUUAAAUGAUGACAUUAAAUUACCCUUCCAAGCGAUUGCUCUUCCUAAGUAACUCCAGUCAGCCAACAAGCAAACUUUGAACCACUGUUUGAUUUGUAGAGUUUGUGGGUGGUUCUCCUCCCUGUUUUCCCAAUCUGUAAAGUGAGUCAGCUCAGUUCAGUGAAUUGUUUUUUGAAGGGGGUUCUACUCUGAAUCUGACAGUUCUCGCAGGAUAAAGGCUGCUGAUACUGUAGUUGCUUUUAGGAAAACGUCACUUAAACCUGUAUUGUACUGGGAAAACACUGAAUGUGUUUUAAGUAUAGAAGAGAAAUUGUUAAUAAUUAGAUGACAAGCAUGUAAACCCGUAAGGACUAACACUAACCUUCUGUUUGAAUUAUUGGACAAGCCCAGAUCUUUAGGGUGUCGAGCGCUAUUUCACUGCCAAUGGAGGAAGAGGGGGACCCGCCCAGCAAAGAUCAGAUCUCACUGCAAAGCGUGGAGCAGGAGGAGAGGUCAGGGGAUUUACAUGGACUGCAAUGCUACCACUCCCCUGGAGCCUGCAGUCAUUGAGGCCAUCACAGAGGCUCUCCAAGAUGCAUGGGGGAAUCCCAGCAGCAAUUACCCGCCUGGUACCAAAGCCAAAAAUAUUAUUAACCAAGCCAGAGAGAACAUUGCUAAGAUGAUUGGAGGUAGAGCCGAUGACAUCAUUCUUAUGUCCGGUGGAACAGAGGCAAAUAACUUUGUCUUCCACACGGCAAUAAAGUAUUUCUGGGACACAUGGGGGAAAUCUGGGCUGAAUGGAGGAAAGACAGGGCAUCUAAAUGCAGAAGGAGUCUUGCCUCACAUCAUCUCUUCCAAUGUGGAACAUGACUCCAUCAAACUGACAGCAGACAAUCUACAGAAGGAGAAGAGAGCAGAAGUCACAUUUGUGCCGGUUUCCAAGGUGACAGGGCGAGUGGAAGUUGAUGACGUGUUGGCUGCCAUCAGGCCCACCACCUGUCUGAUCUCCAUUAUGCUGGCCAACAACGAGACUGGAGUCCUGAUGCCUAUCAGCAAGAUCUGCAGGAGAGUUCGGGCACUGACAGAGUGCCGGUUGGAACCUAGAAUCCUCCUGCACACUGACGCAGCACAGGCCAUUGGCAAAGUCCAGGUGAACACUCAGGAACUUGGAGUUGAUUACCUCACCAUCGUUGGCCAUAAGUUUUAUGCACCACGGAUUGGAGCACUAUAUGUGAGAGGUCCAGGAAGCACAUCUCCUGUAUUCCCUAUGUUCUUUGGAGGAGGGCAGGAGAGGAACUUCAGACCAGGGACAGAGAACACGCCAAUGAUUGCUGGGCUUGGAAAGGCAGCAGAGCUGGUGAACCGAAACCUGGAUCAGUACGAGGCCCACCUGCGUGCGACCAGAGAUUACCUGGAGGAGCGCCUGGAGGCUGUCUUUGGGAAGGAGAAGGUCCACUUUAACAGCCAUUUCAAAGGCACACAGAUACUGCCAAACACCUGUAAUGUCUCGUUUCUGGGUCCCAAACUGCAAGGGCGGAUGGUGUUGUCCCGUUGUCGCAGGCUGCUGGCCAGUGUUGGAGCGGCCUGUCACUCGGACAGAGGGGACAGACCAUCCCACAUCCUGUUGAGCUGUGGUAUUCCCCCCACCGUGGCCGCCAAUGCCCUGCGGCUGAGCGUGGGCCGGGGCACCUCCAGGCAGGACGUCGACCGGGCUGUGGAGGACCUGAGGGAGGCUGUGCUCCAGCUGGAGGGGGGCUGCUAGCGAGCACCGUGGGAGAGGAGACAGGAGUGAGGCCUGGGCAGAGCAGGCGUCCUCACUUCAUCUCACAGAGGCCUGGUUAACGGGAUUGGGGUCUGGCAACUGGGACGCCAAACUUUACAACACUGGGACAAUAAAAAAAAAUGGGACAUUUAAGGAAAACAUUUUUGCAUUCUGUUUUGUUGUGGCAAUAUCAUUUAUUCUCUGUUUGUGAAGGGUCAGAUUUUCUCACAGCACUUUUUCUUUAUUUAGCUUGUGGAAUUUAUGUAAAAUUUGAAUUCAAAGUGUAUUGUUUGCAUUUUAAUUUAUUCUUACUAUUAUGAUGAAUUGUUGAGUGGUCCUUUGUUUUAUCUGUUGGAACGGUUGAGCGCAGAGUGGGUGCCUUGAAGUAAUGGUGUUCAAGCAAGAAGUGCUCUAGUGGUUGUGCUUGUUUAUAGUCACCUGGCAAGAAGGAGGAGAGUUGAGGUGUCUGCUGGUACAGGUCCCCUGGCCGUCAUUCAGCAUGAAUCACCAUGCAGCUCAGCUGCAUCUGCAGGCACCAGCUUUCUGCAAUGAGCCUUUCAGCAUGCUGUUUUAUGUUAAAUCAGUGUUGCUGCUUGAAAGCGCAUACAGUUUUGCUUACUAAACCUUGUAUGUAAUUCAUUUUUUAAAGAGUAAAGAUGAGCAUUAAUUUUUUAACUUGCAGGGAAAUGACAAGCUGUUACACAAUUUUUUAAAAAAAUUUUUAUCACUGGGCUAAGUCAGGUGGCCUAUAAUCGCUUCCUUUUGCACAUGGAACAAGAAACCAGAAUUGUCUUUGUUACCAUUGGUGAUAAACAUCUGAUUGUGUGACAUCUGUGUAGCAUUUAAUUCCUACUGAAGGGAAUGUGUUUUGGAAAAGAAAAUGUUUACAGCUUUUCAUUUUUAUACAAGUAAAACAAUCAUUGAAGAAGA